AUGGGGUCCUCUCCGCACGAACCUGCGGGCCAACCCCAACCAGAAGCAACAGACGUCAUUCAACUACCUUCGCAUGACAGCCUGGACUUUCCCAACACAGACUCAUCAAGUGAAAGUGACGAUGAUAGUGUAGAUACUGCCAUCUAUGAGGGGAGCAAUGCACGGCGAUCACUCCGCCCUCCGCCGCUACUCAUAAACCACCGGCGCUUCCCGUCAGCAGAUGAAGAUGAUAGCGAUCACGAUCACGAUAGCGUUCUCGCCUCACACGAGGACUCUCAAGAAGAGAAACCAGUGACAUGGAGCUCUUUGCCAAAGAAAGGGCAGCUGGCUAUCCUGACCUUUGCCCGAUUAUCGGAGCCACUCACUCAAACCUCAUUACAGGCCUACUUAUUCUAUCAGCUCAAAUCUUUCGACCCAUCAUUACCAGACUCGGCGAUCUCAGCACAGGCCGGUAUUAUGCAGGGUAGCUUUACUGCUGCCCAGUUCCUAACUGCGGUCUGGUGGGGACGGCUGGCUGAUGCGGAAUGGAUGGGCCGCAAGAGAGUGCUUCUGAUCGGUCUUCUGGGGACGUGUAUCUCUUGUUUGGGAUUUGGAUUCUCCCGAUCCUUUACAGCGGCUAUUACCUUCCGGACGCUCGGUGGAGUGCUCAAUAGCAAUGUCGGCGUGAUGAGAACUUUAAUUGCAGAAAUCAUUGCUGAGAAGAAGUACCAAUCAAGAGCCUUCUUGCUACUGCCCAUGUGUUUUAACAUUGGUGUGAUUAUUGGCCCUAUCUUAGGAGGCUCACUGGCCGAUCCUGUCAAUAGUUUCCCAUGGUUAUUCGGUCCCGGCUCUACCUUGGGUGGUAAAGAUGGCGUCUGGUGGAUGCAGCACUGGCCGUAUGCUCUGCCGAAUGUGCUGAGUGCGAUUUUCAUUUUCAUGUCGUUACUCACAGUGUUUCUUGGCCUGGAUGAAACACACGAAGUCGCACGUUAUCGCAGCGACUGGGGCCGCAGACUGGGAAAGAGAAUUGUGCGAGUCUUCACUCGACGGCCUCAACACUAUCACCGCCUUCAGGCCGAGGAUGCCGACUCCGUAUACCUCGAUGGCAGCGUGGGCACAUGGUCCGUUCCAUCGAGCCCAGCCCGCUCACGCACUCAUCCCCAAUCUCGCCCUCACAAACGACCCGGCUUCCGUCAAAUUUGGACCAAAAAUAUCAUGCUCACAUUGCUGGCACAUUUCCUGCUAGCUUUCCACACGAGUGCUUUCAACGCCAUGACCUUUGUAUUCCUUCCCACACCCCGUGCCCCUGAAGGUUCCCGCAAUGGCUUCUUCCAUUUUGGCGGCGGGCUAGGUCUGCCCUCAGCACGCGUCGGCCUAGCCACAGCCAUCAUCGGGUUCAUCGGUCUCCCUCUGCAAAUAUUCCUUUAUCCGCGCAUCCAAUCUAAACUAGGAACUCUUACUUCCUUCCGCGUGUUCCUCCCAUUCUCACCUAUUUCCUACCUCCUCAUGCCAUUUCUCGUCGUUCUACCACGUCUUGUGUGGGUCGUGUGGCCCGCCUUUACCAUUGUGGUGUCCUUGCAAGUCAUUUCGCGCACCUUUGUGCUCCCCGCGGCCAUCAUUCUCGUGAAUAAUUGUGUGACUGACCCUUCUAUUUUGGGUACGGUUCAUGGUGUUGCGCAGAGUAUUUCCAGUGCGGCUCGUACUUUGGGUCCUUUCCUUGGGGGCUGGGGUCUUGGUGUUGGCCUUGCUAAUAAUAUGGUUGGUGGUGUAUGGUGGUGUUUGGCUAUUGAAGCUUUCCUCGGGUGGUUUGUACUAUGGACUAUUUCUGAGGGAAAGGGUAUAGAGCGCCCAAAAGAAGGAAAUGACGAAGAAGAGGACUGA